CGCUCGGUUACUGUCUACACGGUAGAUUACAUUAAUUAUUAUGACGCUUGGCUGUUAAAACCUCUGUCAUCACCUCCGUCGGGACGGUGAACCAUGCAGACGCAGCCGGAGAAAGAGGAGAAGGAGCAGAAGGAGAAGGAGAAGGAGAAGGACCUGCUCCCGUUCUCAAUAGCCCGCAUAAUGCAACCCGACAAAAAGCUACCUCGUCUGCCCUAUCCCGUACAUCUCGACUCGGCCUUCAAGAAGUACGUGCCAGUCUUCUGUCCUCAGAAUAUGCUGCACUAUCCCGUUCUGUACUACAACCCGGCCGACUAUUUGCCAGUGACUGUUGCAGAUGAACCACCCCCGAUUCCACCUCCACUGCCGCCUCCAAUGCCGCCCCAAAGCACCGCCAAACACACAAGCAAGCAGUUCACUUGUCCCGACUGUGGCAAAGUGUUCAACGCUCACUACAACCUCACGAGGCACAUGCCUGUCCACACGGGAGCCAGGCCUUUCGUUUGCAAAGUGUGUGGCAAAGGCUUUCGACAGGCAUCCACACUUUGUCGUCAUAAGAUCAUACACACCCAGGAGAAACCACACACUUGUACAACAUGUGGAAAGGCGUUCAACCGAAGCUCCACUCUCAACACGCACGCUCGUAUCCACGCCGGCUACAAACCGUUCACUUGCGAGUAUUGCGGCAAAGGUUUUCACCAGAAGGGCAACUACAAAAACCAUAAACUCACCCAUAGCGGAGAGAAGGCCUACAAGUGUACCGUCUGCAACAAGGCCUUCCACCAGAUCUACAACCUCACCUUCCACAUGCACACACACAACGACAAGAAACCCUUCACCUGUAGGAUCUGCGGCAAAGGAUUCUGUCGCAACUUUGAUCUGAAGAAACACACGAGGAAACUGCAUGAAUCCUGUGAGAGGGAACCAGACUCAACAUCUCUGGCAGCGGGAACCAGCCAGGCUUACUUCAAUCCUCUUCUCAUGCCCCAUAGCUACAUGACGCAGCUCUUGUGACAAAGACGUAUCCUAUGAGCUCACACCUAUACUUUUGACCACGGUCCAAACAAAUUAUUACUUCUUGUGUCACUAUCCUGUUUUACAUGUCUGUCAGUCCCAGUUAGGAUUACUUCUUGUGCCACUAUUCCCGUAUGUUUUACAUGCGUCAGUCCCAAUUAGUUGGUAUGUUAUGUAUCGUUCUCUCAAUGUUGGUAUUGGUGUUGUUGCUCAAUAUAGAGCUUUAUUUAUUUAUUAUUAUAAGUAUUUUCUCAGCUUUCUAACAUUAUUACUAAAUUCAAUUUUGAGCUUUAUUUAUUUGAAGUUUAUGUUGUUUUCCAUGGCGGAACACUAUGUAAUAGCUUUGUUAUAGUCGAGACCAUAGAGAAAAGGUAGCAUAAGAAGAUAUCACAUGGUAUAGGUAAUUUAUGUUCCAAAUUUCAAGCCGAUUUUUUUUAACUGAAGCCGAUUACUGUCGACUACUGUCUAUUGUUACUAUGUUGUUGGGAUGAAAAUGUGAGGACGACGCAGUAUGAGACUACAAGGACAAGCAUCACAUAGCUUCACGAAAAACAACUAUCGGCUUCAGUUAACAGUGAACUUUGGGACAUAAAGGCUGUGCAAAGGCUGAAAAAUAACUUUCUACUCGUGAUAUUUUUCAAAGUUUUUCGAUUUGUAUAUCAUCAAGCUAUUAAAAUGGAAAAGUUUUCUCAGAAAAUUUUUUUUCCGAUCAUUACUUUUUGAGAUAUGAGCGACUGAAGUUUGAAUUUUUGGGUCAGAACAUUUCAAUUUCGGUACGAUAUGAAUCCAUGAGACUCAAAGGAUGAAUUCUUCUUGGUAUUGUUGAUCUAGUAAAACAA